AUGUCUGUCUGGCAGGGCUCUGCAGGGAAACCGCUGUGGAGACCCCCUGCCCGUGUUGCCAUACACGGCAUCUUCCUGGGUCUCGGGACUGGGGGCUUCCAGCCGGGAGGGGGGCAGGUGGGAACUGCUGGUUGCGCGACAGACCCCUCACCCCGUGAGUGUCGCACUGCGGGCCUGCAGCCCUCCACGGGACAGAGAGCCGACCUCCGCCACGGCUGCCGUGGUUUCCUUUCUUCCACAAAGGCAUUGGUCUGCGAGAUCCGUGGUCGAUGCAGGCAGCGUCUCCUCCAGCACCACGUGGCUGACCAGGCAGACCGGGGGGACCGGGGCCCACUCAGUUGA